AUGUCAGCGAGGAGCGCCAGUUCUAAUGGAUCCGGAAGAAACAAUAAAAAGUGGGCUGUGUUUAUGGGAGAUUUUCCCCUCCUGCGGGAUGCGAUAUCGAAAAGAAAACAGGGUAAGAGGCAUUCUAUUUUGUGGAAAUGCCUAGGUGGAAUUGAUGCGGCCGUCAGGGGAGUUGGACAGGUAGUGUUCGCAAACAAUCCCGUCAGCGGUUUGCUCAUCAUAAUUACUCUCGGAUUUACUGAUCCCAACGUAUUGCUGUUCGGAUCGAUCACGGGGUUUCUUGGAUUACUCAUUUCGUAUCUGAUCCAAGACCCUGGUUCAUCCAUAGAAAAUGGCUUGACAGUUUAUAAUCCACUGCUGAUCGGUAUCGUAACGAGUGCAAUAUUUCCGGGGGAGUGCAGUCGUUGGGAUGGACUGAUUGUUCUCAUGAUGUUCGCAGGAACGAUCUUCAGUGUGAUCCUCACGAGGGCCAAUGGAAGGGGACGUUUGCCUGUCGUCACGUUCCCUUUCAACGUCACUGAGACCAUGAUUCUGAUCAUUCUGACUAUUCAGAGGAUGGAGAACUCCACGGAGGAAGUGAAUGAUGCUGUAUCCGAUUUCGAUUGUGAAACUAAUGAAACAUCGCUAACUGAAUCAAUGAUGAACCCCGACAUCCGAUCGAUCUGUAAGACCACCCACUCCAAUUCCACGUUCAUCGUCGACUGGGGAAUGGUGUUCCGCGGUGUCGUGACCUCGUCCUCCCAAGUAUUCGCUGUUGAUAAUGUGAUUGCGGGCUCUGUCAUUUAUCUUGCCAUGCUGAUUUAUUCACCUACCACUGCGCUGUUCUCAUUAAUUGGCGCAAUAAUUGGAUCGCUCUCAGCUCUUGGACUUGGCGUGCCACACGAAUCCGUUUAUUCCGGCCUGUGGGGCUACAACAGUCUCUUAUCGAGUUGCUCUCUCGGUGGAAUAUUCCUUGUAUUGAAUACCCAAACAACCCUCCUGGCCUUUAUCGCCGCAACAUUCACCGUUCUCCUGCAGUACACCCUCGACUUUUUUUUCUCAAAGAUGCCACUCUCCGUUUUAACAAUUCCGUUUGUAGCAACAUGCUACCUCUUUAUCACUGUGAGAGACGUUAUGGAUCCUGUGUUCCCGGAGCCCAUGAUCGUCACGUUCCCAGAGAAACAUAGAGCGCAAUUUCGGAGGGUUCGAAGAUCCUCUGACGAAGACGAAAGUCCAACAAGUGUUUAA